CCGCCAUUGCUGUGGCCGGUGUGACAGGAACCGAGAACUGAACUAGAGCGCAUGGAAUCCCCAUACGUUAACGGGCCUUAGCUCCCGGGGGCGCCGUCAGUUACCGCGCAGCUUCUCGGCUCUUUGCGUUUUGUUUUUACUGAAGUGUUAGUUGGAAGCGGCUGUCGGGGAGUGAGAGCGGCCGGGAAAGCGAGAAAGGGGUGUGGGAGGGGAGCAGGAAUUGGGGGAGCUCUUCCUGCGGGAGGGAGGCGCACAGCGGGCUAGCCAAGGCCGUUACUGCUCCGCGGACCGUUAGGUGAGGGCAGCCCCGGGGGAGGGAGGACGGGGAGCCCCAGGCUCCGUUUGAUGGAUCCUCGGAUCGCCUGGUUCCAGCCAGAACAGCUCGGCCCCUCCAACAGCCUGUGGAUGCAGAUCUGGGAGACGACGCAAGGCCUGAGGAACCUGUACUUCAGCCACAGCAGCCCGGCCUCGUCCCCCGCGCACAGCGGAUCCUCCACCACCAGCUCCUCCGGCUGUGAGGCCAGCAUGUACCGGGACAGCGGGCCGCCGGCCUCCUCUCCGGCCGCCCCUCCACUGGCGGAGCAGGGCGACUUCUUACCGCUGGAGACUCCCAGCAACAACAACCAGCAGCAGCCGGUGAGCCCCGGGUCCUGGAGGAAGGGGCCCGACCCCGGCAACAGGAACAAGAGGAAGCGCGACAACAAGGCCAGCACCUUCGGCCUGAACUACAGCCUGCUGCAGGCCGCCUGCCCGGGGAGCCACGGGCCCGGGGGCCCCUUCAGCGGGACCCCCUGGAAGAGCCGGAACUACAGCGACGAGGUGAUAGGACUUCACGAAGAGAUUCUCGACUUCUACAAAUAUAUGUCGCCACGUCCGGAAGAGGAGAAAAUGAGAAUGGAGGUUGUCAAUCGAAUAGAAAAUGUGAUUAAAGAGCUGUGGCCAAGCGCAGAUGUUCAGAUAUUUGGGAGUUUCAAAACGGGACUUUACUUGCCUACCAGCGACAUUGAUCUUGUGGUUUUUGGGAAAUGGGAGAAUUUACCACUUUGGACUCUUGAGGAGGCAUUGCGAAAACACAAGGUGGCCGAUGAAAACUCUGUCAAAGUACUGGACAAAGCCACAGUACCUAUCAUUAAACUAACAGAUUCAUAUACUGAAGUCAAAGUCGAUAUAAGUUUUAAUGUUCAGAAUGGGGUGAAAGCAGCUCAGCUCAUCAGGGAUUUUAUCAAGAAAUACCCAGUUCUUCCAUAUCUAGUGCUGGUUUUAAAGCAGUUCCUAUUACAGAGAGACCUUAAUGAAGUUUUUACUGGCGGCAUAGGGUCCUACAGUCUCUUUUUAAUGGCCGUCAGUUUUCUGCAGUUGCACCCACGAGAAGACGCCUGCAGUCCAGAUGCCAACUAUGGGGUUUUGCUGAUAGAGUUUUUUGAACUUUAUGGAAGGCAUUUUAACUAUUUAAAAACUGGAAUCAGAAUAAAAGAUGGUGGCUCAUAUGUUGCCAAGGAUGAGGUACAAAAAAGCAUGUUGGAUGGGUACAGACCGUCUAUGCUGUAUAUUGAAGAUCCGUUGCAGCCUGGCAAUGAUGUGGGGAGGAGUUCAUAUGGAGCCAUGCAGGUGAAACAAGCCUUUGAUUAUGCAUUUGUUGUCUUAAGCCAUGCAGUAUCGCCCAUAGCCAAGUUCUAUCCCAAUAAUGAAAGUGAAAGCAUUUUGGGACGUAUUAUUCGAGUGACAGAAGAAGUAGUUGCUUACAGAGAGUGGAUAUCCACAAAAUGGGGGAAGCAGAACAGGCCUGAACCACUUUACAAUGGGAAUGAUGUGACCUUAAUAGUGGACGUUCACCAUUUGGAUCAGCGUAAUAAUAAUGUGUCUGGACAAAAUGCUGCCUUGGGUCAAGCAAAGAAUAAGACCUCUGAAACCCUUGGCAAACACUCAUCUAAUUCAUCUGGUCCACUGUCUUCCUCCUCCUCCACCCUCUCCAGUUCCAGCGAUGUGAAGAAAGUCAUUAAACGUCUGUGCAUUCAGGACUCAGACGGAACUCCAUUCAAGACGUCAAAGCAGCCAAGUUGUCGGCAGGCAAGUGAAAAUCGAAUGGGUCCUCAGGAAUCCUGCACCAGCUCAUCGCAACCCAUCAGCAAGCCGCAAGCUAGCCAGAGUGUCAUCUCCUCAAACAGCAACAACAGGGCCCAGCAUGGCACAGCCAGACUUUUCCGUUCAGUGUCCUCCAGCAAAGGCUUCCAGACCCAACCCAAUAUAAGCCAAGGCACAUCCGUGCCAAGCCGGCACCUACAGGGCGGCAAAGCACAGCACCAGCACUACACUAGCAAGAAACGCAAGCACAAGCGGGAAACGGACCUGUGUAGAUAGCUUUUAGAGAUGGACUCCUGUGACCUUCCUCAUUGUGCCGCCACUUGGUUCAGCUCUACCACACGGCUUCAUGACUGUACUGGAAGCUUACAGACUCUUGAGUCUGUUUCUUUUUACUUUUUUUUUUUUUUUUCUCACAGCUGACCAUGGAAACGGAUCAUGAACAUUUAAAACAAAAAAGAAAAAAAAAAUCAAAAAAGAAAAAAUCUAUAUAUAAAAUGGCUGCUCAUUUGAUAAAACAUAGGGAGCUAAAACAAGUAUUUGCACUUCUUUAUCAGCACCACCGUGCUGGUUUAUCGGACUUGGAAAGAAAUAAAAGAACAGUGGAAACGUUAAUUUCAGAAAGGGGUGCAAUUUGCAGAAACCCCAUUGUUAUUUGGGAACUUAAUUUCUGCAUGACGUGUUUUUUUUUUUGUUUUUUUUUUUAUUGUUUUGAAUAUUCUACCAUUUUAUUGUGCAUACCACAGUAUAUUAAAUUGCACUUUUGUAAUGGUGCAGAUGCUUUUUACAUAAGUCUUUAAAAAAAAAAAAAUAUGGACUAGUUUAGGGGAAAAAUGUACAUCUGCGUUGAGAUUAAUUUGAUUUUGCUCGCCCGACAGAAUUGUUUCUACCCACUGUUGCCCAUUAAUUUAUUUAUUUUUAUAUGACAUAUUUAAAUAAUGGCAAUUUAUUAGAAGGCGGAUGGCCUGACCGUGGAAAGAAUGUAGCACAUAUUUUUUUUUAUUUUUAAAUAAUGUCAUUUUGACAGUCCUACGUGCUCUUCUGUCAUUCAUGUUAUUUCUUUUCUCCGUCGCACGCAUCAGACUUUGUGUUGGUGUUGAGUGAAUGAGGGACGCCAUGUAAAGUAUAUCACCAUGUCGUGUAUGGAGAAGCGAGGCGUUUUCAGAUGGCAAGUCGAGGGUAUGUUCACACAGACUGACCUGCGGAUUUUGUUCCGCCUACAGAUAUCAGCCCAUUCAGAAUGAGCAUAGCCAUUAUCUUUUAUUUAAUUUUUUUCCGCGUUGAGGAUUUGAAAUCUGUGCACGGACAAAUCCACGCCAUAAAAUCUAUGGAGUGGUUUUCCUGGUAAAGUAAUUAAAAGGCGGGUUUUAAUUAAAAAAAAUUUUGCAGCAGCUUUUGUAUAUCAUUGGGCGCCUUCACACAUUGCGAAUUUUGUUUCAGAAAUUUCCGCAACUGAAAACCAGUUCUAUUCAGAAAUCCCACGUGCUUGUAUCUCCAUUCAAAUGAAUGGAACCCACCUCCAGCCAUAGAACUUUCUGCAACAAAAUCCGCAGCGUGUCAAGGUUACCUUAGGCUACCUGCGCACGUUGCGAAUUAAAGGCAGCGUCGUACGGUACCAGUAAAGUGCAGAUUGGAUAGAUCUCGUGUACACUUUGCAUGCGUAAAUUGACCUGCUGUGCGGAUUUUGAAGUCUGCAGCAUGCCAAUGUUAUGUGCCAAUUUCACCCUUUUUUCGAUGUAAGGCAUUAAAAACUCCAAGUAACACAUGCGGUUUUUGGUGCUGAUCUGGAAACGUGCAUAGAAAACUGCACAGAUUUUCUGUUUUGAAACUGGCACCCCUGUGCAGGUAGCCUUACAGUUCUGAUCCCCUCACAGCGAAUCUGACCCAUCCGACCAACCCCCCACCCGAAACUGCAGUGAAAGUUCUGAUUGCACCAUGGUUUCCAUAAAGUGAAAACCUUGGCACUAGUGCAGUGGUCAGCAACCUUCGGCACUCCAGCUGCUGUGAAACUACGAUGAUCCCCAGUCAACUCUGAUAUCGGCACAUCUGCUGACUGUUAGGCUCCGCCAGCUUUGUUUCAGGUAGUAAAAUAUCUGGAGCAACGGACUAGAAGGAAGAUCCUCUGUAUGCAAAUAGAAAAGACUAGAAAUGUUAGGUAGCCAGUCAUUGAAGAACAUGCAAUUGUAGCCUCGCUUUUGUAUCCAGAAAACACCUGAGUAAGGGAAGGUUAUCAUUUUUAGUUUGGUUUUUAUAAAGGAUGUACACAAUCUAGUCCAAAGGGGGUGGCAGGUACCGUUCAACACUAAUCGCAAACUGUCCAUAAAGUACGGCUCCAAGUAUGGAGGAAUGGGGGUUAUCUGAUCCCUCCCAAUCCUCAGAUGUUUUUUGGUAAUAUACCUUUUGAUAUGCGGAGCUUUAUUUUAAAGCCGUCGACCCUCCUUUAUCCAUCACCUUUCUAGUAUUGAUAUUUUUUAUUUUUUUGGGGGGGGGGGGCUGUUUUAUAGCUAUUAAAAAUGUCAACUAAACUUUGCGAAUAAGACAGGCAUGUUAUGUGGUUGUCGCUCUUGUGUAUGGAUGGAUACCUGUACCUUGGGUAAGUGUAAGAUAUGUACUUGUGGUUUUGCAUUGUAUACAAGUGGUAGUGUAUAUGGUAGAACAAUGUUCGGUGUAGCCAUAUGCAGAUACAGAAGGCCAGAAUGGUAUCGGUGUGUCUGUAUGUAUGUGCGAAUAUAUAUGUGUAAAAACUUUUAUGUCUUUUUUUAAUAGGUUUUUUAAACAGUCUACAGAUAAAAAAAAAACAACAAAAAAACAAACCUUAAAGCGAUUGUCACAUCAUGACACCCCCCUCCUGAAAAGCAAGCCGUUUUUGGGUAAAGCUGCAGACUCUGCCAGUGAAAUGAUCUGCAGACUGGCUAGUGGGCACAACCUCUAUGGCAUCCUUAAAACCAUAAUGGUUUAGUUUUGAUUAAAGUGGUAUUUUAUUAAGUUACAAAAAUAGUUUUAUUUUUUUAUAUCCCAGGGCUCCACUAGAUCUCCUACUUCCACCAAGACAUAAGUUACAGUAUGCGGUGUGUGAUUGCUCCAGUAUGUGAGGGUAUCUGGUUACUUACAGGAGAAACACAAUGAACCCAUGGCUGGUCACGGCCACACAAGGACUUGUUGGGUUUUUAGAUUUCUUUUGACUAAAGAGUAUCAAAUGAGUUUGAAGUAAUUUCAUGUGUUGCCUUGUUUCCUUAGUAAGGCCUGCUGCAGUGAACAUGCCGUCUGCGCUGCCUCCACCGUGGUAUAGAGCAGGAGGAGCUGAGCAGAUUUAUGGGAAAAAGAUUCCGUACGACUUAUAAUUCAUUAAUUUACAGAGCAUCUGUCAGAUUUGUGGUGCUGGGCUCCUGAAACCUUGGUAACAGCCCCUUGGGCUCCUUACUUGCCACUUUUACAUAUAUAUAUCUUUUUUUUUAUUAUUGAAUUAAAGCAAUCCAAGGUAUUUUCCAUAUUCUCUUACCAUGUUCUUUUCUAUAUUGAAUUAGUGUCUGUCUGUUUUUUGCAUGCAACUUUUUUUUUAAUGAAACUAGCUGCUCUGUUGACGAGGCCCAGUCCUGCCCUGUCUAUUGGGGUGAGGAAUUGUAAGAAGUCAAUCAUAAAUGAUCCGUUAGCAAAGCAUACCAAGCACCUACCGCCGAGUGAGCUGCAAAAAGACAGUAGGCAUGGUCAUCCUUUCUGAUGUCACCCACCUCCUCCAUGUAAACACUACGUUGGCUUUUAUAGUAACUUUUUUUCUUUUCAUUUUAUCUUAUGGAAGUCAGUGGUGUAAAACGCUGCUAGGAUAUGCUGCUGUUUAAAGAAAAUAAUCCUGCAGCUUGCCCAAAAAAAACUUUUCUAAGGUCCUAGUCAUCUAUAGAUAAUAUCUGGAUAGUGUGUUUUUUUUUUUUUAAAUUUUUAAUUUUAUAUAUUUUUUCCCAUUGCAUCAAACGCAGCAAAGAAAGAAAAGACCUAUUAAGCUUUUGUUUAUUUUAUGUACAAGUACCCUUUGAUCCCUGAAUAAUUCCUAUGGAGUGUGACGGUGUACUUUUAUUUUAAUUUCUUAAUAUUUUCAAGCUCUCCGCUAGUUUUCAGUGAAUGGAAGUUCUGAGUUCUUUAUGUUCUGAUGGUGCAUUUUGCAGGAAUUGAAGCAAAAAUGGACAGAAUGACCGCAAGGUAGGUCUUAGGCAACCUCUGGUGCUCCAGCUGUUGUGAAACUACAACUCCCAGCAUGCCCUUUUGCGCUGCUCUUAGAGCUCCCACAGAAGUGAAUGAAGCCUGCUAGGAAUUGUGCUGAAGGUUGCUGGCCCCUGCCUUAGACUCUGUCAGGACCAGUUGCCAUUCGCUGACAACAAGCAGAGGUUUUUAAAGUGGUGCAAAAUUAAAGUAUGGAACACUGAAUAACAUUUCAUUAUGCACUGAAUACUCAUUAACUAUCAUCACUGUUGUUCUAAUUUGGGCUGGGGGGCAGUUUAGAAGUAUUUGGUUGGAUUUUUUUCUAUAGCGACAAUCAUGGUGCAUCAAUAGGGAGAGGAGGUGGUGGCAGCUUCCACUACCUGCGGCACCAAGGGAAGGCAAUGGAUUCUACGUGCUAAAAUCGAAUAUGCCCAUUCCUUGUCUCAUCCAGCAACAAAGGUUUGAGACAGUUGGGUGGUCAUUUGCAUAUGAGGAUUUAAAGGGGUUUCUCCAGGAGUUCAAUAUUGAUAGUAGGCCAUCCCUAUGUGAUCGAUGGGUUCCAACUCGCGACACUCCUGCUGAUCAGCUGUUUAAAAAUACUAUGUUGCUCCAGCCCCUUCCUAGGCGGGGACAUCACAUUUAUUUGUCACAUGGCCUAUUUGCACCUCAGUCCCAUUUAAGUUGGGUCUGAGCUGCAGUACCCAUCUCAGCCACUAUACGAUAUAUGGUGCUGUGCUUUAAACGGCUGUUUGCCGGUAGUGGUGAGUUCGGGCAUCCACCGAUCUGAUAUUGAUGAUCUAUCCUGAGGAUAGACCAUCGGUAUCAAACUCCUGGAAAACCUGUUUAAAAGGUGAUCAGUUUGUCGGUUGCACGAGUGGCACACUCCAUGUCGUACUUUGAUUUCGGCCGCCUCUCGGCAUGUUUGCUGUGCUGCUGCCCCAACUCCGGCCUGCCCCUAUUAAAGACAAUGGAGCCUGAGCGGUAGUCUGGGGGCUCCUUGCCGCUAGUGUGAAACUAGACUAAAGCACUCCCAUGAACUGACUGUUAAUAGCUUAUAAAUCUAUCUCCAGGCACGGUACAGAGCCGGCAGUUGUGUUUCUUUUUGUGAACAUGAGGCAUUACAAUUACGGAAGUAGUUGCUUUGGCACACUCCAUGUGGACAGAUGAGUCCAGCAGACUUGCCAUUGGCUAGGAAUGGACCAUAUCCUUCCCUGAAGAAGUCUUCCCAGAGUGUACAACUGUUUUGAGAACAUGGCUAUUCUAUCUUCUAUAACUGAAUCCAAUAUGGAUGGGUAAUAAUAGAGGAAAUGCCAAGUUUUAUUGCAUUUUUGGUUCGUAUGCAGAUGUCUUUCCUUACCUUUUGCUCUUGGCACUGUAUAUCUCAAGAUGUGUAGCACCGGCUUUCGAAAAAACAAACUUGAUUUUGUGAUUCUCUGUCACAAGAUGUCUAUUCCAUGUGACCACCUAGUGGUAGUGAUGUGAGUUGCAGCUUUUGAAGGUUUUUAAUUGAAUGAUGUUGUAUUGAGUGUGUUUCGUGAUAAAUUGGAGUGUCUUUAACCAAAGUCAAGCAAAAAUUAGGGUGGACUCAUCUGUAUGUCAUAUGUAUGCCCAUUGUUGUCUCCUUUUGAAGGUAUUAAUACCAUCUUCCUAAACUAUCAUUAACAGCAGUGCCUAGUGACUGUGUCCUACAGUGGUGUGCUGGGAGGCCUUGUAAACCGUGUAGGGAGGGGAGAUAGUUGAGAUCAUCCAUGCCCUGCUAUUGUACUGGGCUUAUAUCUUUAGCCAGAACCUCCUAGGAAUGCCAAUUUUAUAUCAUGAAAUUAAAUAUGCAAGUUUUGUUUAUGAAAGGUUGAGACUUUAUAGUGGAACCUAAAAUGCAAAAUUAAACUUUGUAGUAUAAUUAACCUUACUGAUUUUAUUUUUAUUAUUUUUUCCUUCCUGCUCCUGUGCCUAUUCUCCUUUGUCCCCUGCUCAUUGACAAUCCAAUAUUUAGACUUUGUGGCCAUGUCAGCUACUCGCCAUAGCAGAUUAGCUGCCGCACUGGACCGAGUGAGGAGUAGUUAAAAGCGUUCUUCGGAAGACAGAUAUCGAUGACCUAUACUCAGGAUCGUCGGGGGCCACCCAGCACCCACACCGAUCAGCUAUUUGAAGGAGCCGAGGUGACCGAGUGAGCGCUGUGUCUUGUUCAAUGUUUACCUGUAUGCCGUCUCCCUUGUAGCAGCAGCGCGGUGUGAUUUACAACUGGUUGUACCAUUCAAAUGACUGGUAGAGGACUGGUAAUAUACACUGCACCACUGCUACAAGGGAGGACGCAGAGGAGGCAGCAUGACAAUUGUGGGCUCUUUAAACGGCCGAUCCUGAGGAUAGGCCAUCAGUUUCAGUAGUUUGGAGAACCCCUUUUAAGUAUGUAAUCUUAAAUUGAUGGAAUUUCUGCUCUGCAAUGUUGACGUUAAGCUUUGUGUCUGAAAUCGGUUCUAUGCAGUGUAUAUAUUAAAUGUCCUUUUUUCAAAUUUUUUUUUUUUUCCCCCCCUAGAAGCAUCCCCAAUAUAUCCUUGUGUGUAUAUAUUGAGUGGGCGGCUAUAGAUGUGUACAUGUACCUUUUCAUUCCCUGUAUGACUAGGUUCUUUGACUUGGUAUAAAGAAUUGGAGUACGUUAGCAUUUAGAUUUUUGUGCAGACAAAAUGGGUUUUUUACCACCGCCAAUUUCUUCAUUUUUAGAGGAGGAUUUACUGUUCUAGAUAAGUGCUAAGCUUCUAACCAGUCUUCUGCUAACUUAAGUCCUAAAUGGAGCUUUAAUCGUCUCCUUCCAUCAGAUUCUGACCAGUUUUUGUCCAAUUGUGCGUGUAAAUGGCCAUCUGAUUGGUUAGAAAAUUUGUUAGAAAACACAGGCCUAAGUUUUAGGCCUCCUGAGCCAUAACUGUAGUUACUGACUGUUAAUCUAGUCUUUGAACCCUGACCCUGCUUUCUUUUAAUGCAGGAGAAGGGUGUAUUUUUAAAGACCGCCAAACCCUUAAGCACAUAAUGGACUUUGUGAUGGAUGUAAGGAUUUUUGAUAAUGCUGUGUAAAUGUGGAGUCAUAGAGGAUCAAUAUAAUGCCAUAUGCUUGGUACGUUACAUGUCCUAUUCCUCUGUGUGUAUGACGUCCUACCACUACAGUAAAGGGUCAGAAAAGGGAAAGGUAAUCCAGUAUAAUCAAACUCCCGAAAAUUCCAUGUAAAUGUGUUUAUUGGGCUAUGGUAACUUGCAUACAUUUACUAUAUUUUUUUUUUUUUUUUUUUUUUUUAAUCCGAUCUAUACCGAUAAUUAAGCCUUGCGCAUUUAGAAACUAUUUCAGUAGACAUCACUUGGUUUCAUGGGGUCUUGCUAUGCUGUUCUCUCAUGAUCAGCCACGUUAACUUACUUUUAGAUUCAGCGUUAAACAGGCUGCUUGGCUUUGGAAGAUCUUUUUCACUAGGGGUGAAGUGUGAAAAUAUAGGAAAUGUGUCUUUAAAAAUAAUUGCUAAAAAUAUUAAUUGUAUCCAUUCUAUUGCAUGGGUGUAUUACAGCUCCAUACAGCGUGUGGUGCCUAUACUGUAGAAGUUAGUGGUUGUUUCCCAUCAAACAUUGGGGGUCUAUUGCUAGGUUAUGCCACAAAUGUCAGGUAGGUGCGAGUCCCACCUCUAGGACCUAUCUCUGAGCUCCCAAAUUGAAGGAGAUUGCACUGCGCAUGCCCGGCCAUCCUCAAUUCUUUUCUAUGGGAGUGCCGAAAAUGGCCAAGCUUGGCCAUUUUCAGCACUCCCAUAGAAAUUGAGGACAUCCACACAUUACCGGUUUGCUCCUGUUCACUUUGGGAGCGCCAUUCUAGAGAGGUGUGGGUCCUACCUCUGGGACCCUCAACUAUCUGACAUUGAUGGCAUAGCCUAACAAUAUGCCACCAAUGUUUGAGGUGAGACAGCCCGUUUAAUGGAGACCUUACUCUACAGUGAUAUUCCUGUGAUUUCAUACAUGGCAAAGUUCUACCAAAAAUACAUGAUGACUUGGCAUUAGAUGACAUUACAGUAUUUUCAUCUAAAAGCAUUCCUUGAAGGGUAAAAAUGUAUCCAUAAUACAGCACUGUACAGAGGCAUCAUAUGGUGACUCAUUCCUUGUGCUGUAUUAAAUGGUCACUAACUCUUCACACAACUUUGCAUAAAUCAAUAGUGCAGCUGACUAUAAGAAAGCUUGUAAUAUAUCUUAUCAGAGAAAAAUGUGUCUCUCCACUUAUCUGAAUCCUUUUCUCCCCCUCCUAAGCGCACACAGACAACUGUCCACUAAAGAUUACAUGUUGCCCAUAGCCUAGGGAGUAGGUAGGAUUGAGCUGUAGUUUAGGAGGGACCCUGAAAGAGCUGGUAAGUGUUUUUUCUUUGAGAUAUAUAUUACAAAGUGUAUUAUAUUAACUUGUACUAAUAAUUUAAGUAGUGUUGUGUGAAAAGCCAAAUAAAGUUUAAAUAAAAUAAUCAGUUCUUAAAACAUCACAAUCUGGGAUGGUGUAGAAAGUGUGACAUGUAAUACAUUUGGGGCAAAUCGCAGCAAUGCAGGCUCCUGCCAAACUAAUUCCUCCUAUGAUAAAUCUCCCCCAGAGUCUAAGGCAUCGCAUUUUUAAAACAAAAUGGUCCAGCGAUCGGCUGAUUGCUGGCGAUUUGGUUUCUCUAAACCCUAGUGAUCAGCGAUUUUUACCAGAAGCCAUGUUUGGGUGGGGUGUUCAUUUAACGUAUGGUCCACUAGUGGUGCUCUUCUGGCUUAUAGAGCUUGGGACUGAGUGGGGGACCCUCCUCUAUGAAUUUCAUGUGUAUUGUUAUCCUAGGUUCAUAUAGCGAAGUUCGAUAUAUUCUCUAGGUUAAAGAUAAUGGAGUAAAAAUAUGGGGAUUUGCAUAUUAAAAACUAGAACUGUAUAGCCCUAUAGUAAUUCACAGCACUGUAAAACGCUGGUUUUAUGGUUGUAGUUCCAGCACUCAUAGCAAUAUUAGAAAAACAGAGGGUGCCAUCGCUGCACACCUCGGAGGCCACCAUUUUGUUGCCCCAAGCAGUAUCCAGCCUGUGCAUUAAAGACCUCACUGUGAUUACCUUUUAGGCCACAUUUAGUAAUUGUGAAGAGGUUUAGAUGUGGAUUUGUCCGCAGUCUGCACUUAAGAGGAGUCUUUCAGGCUUGCUGAUGUCAAAAGGACUGAACUAUGUAUAUAAUGUGAAUGGAGGUUUUCCCGACAGAUGUCUGAUUCUAUCUGUUUCCACGGAAGAUAAGCCAUGGCCGGAGGCUGUUUACAGUGUAUGGCUGGCUUUACAUUCGAUUUCACCAGUUGCACACAUCUGCACAUGGCAGGGUUUACACGUUCAGGUUUUUAGAUGCAGUUUUUUGUCAUAUCUGCCUUUUUUAUGUUCUCUCCCUUUUUGUGAUCUACGCUUCGUUUUGUCUUCAAAUACGACAUCUAAAAACAUGAACAUGUUAAACCCAGCCUUAGGCCUCUUGCACACGAACGUUGUGCAUCCGUUCCGUGCAUUGGGGUCAAGUUCUAUUUUUAUUUUUUGGGGCGGUGUGGAGGCACGGACAGAAACGCCACGGAAGCACUCUGUAGUGCUUCCGUGGGGUUUCCGAUCCGUGCUUCUGUUCCGCAUCUCCGUGAUUGCGGACCCAUUCACAACGUUCGUGUGCAAGAGGCCUUACACUAGACACACAUGAACAAGUUCAGUGCGGGGAAACUCGCAGCGUGUGGCAGUGAGAGUUCAUGUUCUGACCUCUGCUCCUCUGACAGGCUCUCACGAUGGUUAUAAUUCAAGGCUGUGACCCUGAGAGACCUGAAACGGCAUUAUGUCAGUGUAAUUCAAUAAAUUCCAGGACUUUCAGGGUCACACAGCCUUAUUAAUCAUUAGGAGUAGAGGUCAGAACAGGACCUCUCUGACACACGUGAGUUUCUCGCACUGAACUCGCUCUUGUGUGUCUGCCCUAAUGGUUCAACCGCCUAUUGAAUCCAUGGGCUUUUUUUGUGUACCGGCUUAGCCAACAAUAUAUUUGCCUUUGCAGUCAGUCGUCAACCAGACACUGGGUUCUCUAUGGUCUAAGCUGCGACAUACCAGACCGUAUUGCUAUAUUUUCUACAAAUCUCAAAAAGCAAAUACUAUAAGCAUAAAAUCAGCCAUCUUAUUUUCUAGCAAGUUUACUAAUCGGUGGUGUUUGCAGAAAGGUUAUAUUGAUUCCUUUGGGAUCUCCAGUUUGCCCCAUUUUUAUGGUUUUCAUAAAUAGCGCAGGAAAAGAUUUAUUUUUCCUGUAGGAUGUAAAAUCGCCUCGGGGUAAACUGACUUAAAAUAUAUAAAAAAUAAAUAUAUAUAUACAGUCAAAGUUAUAAAAAAAAGUGUGUAUAUUUCUUAAUGCCUAUAGAUAAAAAUGGAACUAUAAACUUUUUGUAUUUUUUUCCUCAAAUGCUUUGUUAUUGUGUAUUUCAUCUGUGUAUAUCACUCAGUUUAAUUUUUAUUUUUUUCGGAGUCGAUAUCCUUUUGUGACAACUUUGUGAAACUCAUUGGGUGGGAAGGGAAUAAAUGUUUAAUUUAACUUUUUUCUGUU